AUGCUGGGUGUAAAUGAUCAUAAUUACUCCAGCAAUUAUGUGAUUGUGUGUGGUUGUUGGUGCUGUGUGGCUUUGUAUAUCCAGAAUGGAGCUCUUUUUCAGGAUUCAUUUGAUCCUUUUCAUAGUGAUGCCACUUACUGUGACAUCAAUCUACAACUGCAUAUGACAAGUGCUGCUAUUGGAGUCAACUAUGGAUUCGAAGGAGACAAUAUUCCAUCAGCAUAUGGUGUGAUAGAACUCUACAUGAAAAAACAUUCCUCUCUUGAGAAUGCUAGAGCCAAAUGCAGAUCAGUAAAUGCUGCCAAAGUCUUAGGAGUCGCUUCCCCUCCUCCUGCUGCGAGCUUCAGCAACGAUGCUGGUGCAGAUAUGCAGGGGAUUAUCACAUGGUUAGCAGGUACAAAUAACCCGCUGCUAAUCAAUGUGCACCCUUGUUACGUCUUUGCUUCAAAUCCUUACAAAAUAACUUUAGAUUAUGCACUUUUCAGUGCAAAGCAACCUAUAGUUGAUGGAGUCACUCGGUACUACAGUCUAUUUGAGGCUAUGGUGGAUGCAGUUUACGCGGCCUCGAGUAGAGUUGGUGGGAGUAAUGUGGCAGUAGACCAGUAG